AUGGAUAUAUUUCGAUUGCUUAAGUGCUGCCACAGGCACAGAAACAGAAGAAACACACACGCACCCGAAUACGACGGCCUCGCCGCGGCGGUAAAGCACACACAGGAAGAAGAGGAGGAGGAGCAGCAGCAGCAGCAGGCCAAGCAGCAGCAACGGCGGCAGCAGAAGCAGCAGCAGCAGCAGCAGCAGCAGCACCAGAAGCUGCAGCAUCCCUCCAUAUCUGCUUCGAGAGAGUCGCAGAAGCUUUCUAGUGCUGCAGCAACUGCAGCAGGCGACGUGCUGCCAGAAGCAGAAGCAGCAGCAGCAGCAGAACCUGCAGCAGCAGCACCCGAAGCAGCAGCACCUGCAGCUGCAGCUCCUGCAGCAGAAGCUUCUGAAGCAGCAGCAGCAGCAUCAGAUACAACAAAAGCAACAAGCCUUGAAGCAGCAAACGAAGCAGCAGCAGCAGCAGCAGCAAAAGGAGCAGCAAAAGACGCAGACGAGAGAACAGCGGCAGCAGUGGAACAAGCGCCACAAGAAGCAACAGCAGCAGCAGCAGCAGCAGAGGAAGCCGCAGCAACAAUACAGGACCCACAAGCUGCAGCAGCUGCAGGAGCAGCAGAAGAGGCAGCCAUACGUGAAGCAGUUGCUGCCGCAAUAGCAGCAGCAGCAACAACGGAGUCGAGCAGCGGACCGGCUGCAGCAGGAGAGGAAGCAGCAGCAGCAGCAGCAACAGCGGCAGCUGCAGCUGCAGCACAAGACGAGGCAGCAGCAGAAGGAGUGGAGGAUGCUGCAGCGGAGGCAGAAAUAAUAGCAGCAGCGAGUGCAGAGAAAGCAGCAGCUGCAACAGCAGCAGCGGAGGCAGCAGCAGCAGAAGCCGCGCGGUGUAGUGAUGCAGCAGCAGCAACAGCAGCAGCAGCAACAGCAGCAGCAGUAAGGGCGUCGGAGCUUGAGCCAGCUGAAGCAGCAGCUGUUGCACCAGCUGCAGAAGCAGCAGCAGCAGCAAAAAGAGCCACAGAGACUGCAGCGAUCGAGGCAGCAGCAGCAGAAGCAGCAGCGGACGCAGCAGCAGAAACAGCGGCAGCAGCAGCACAAGCAGCAGCGGCGCCGGGAGUUGCGAAGACAGCAGCGGCAGCGGCUGCCGCAGCAGAAGCAGCAGCAGCAGCAGAAGCAGCGGCAGCGAGGGAAGCAGACAUAGCAGUGGCAGCAGCUGAAUCGGCAGCAGCUGCGGAAGCAGCAGCAACGGAAGCAGCAGCAGCAGCGGCAGCAGCAGCAGCGGCAGCAGCAGCAACAAUGACUGGGGCAGCAGAAGUCACUGCGACGCCCGCAGCUGCAGCAGCACAGGCAGCAGCAGCACCCGAAGCUACGGCGAAAGCAGCGCCUGCAGCAGAAGCAGCAACAGCUACAGAAGCAGCAGCAGCAGCAGCAGCAGCAACAGCAGCAAUUGCUGUUGUUCCACGCAGCGAAGAUGGCUCAGAAGGGGAGAUGGGAGCCACUCUGUUUGACCCCCAAAAGGGCCUCUGCACAUUCCGGUUCUGGGGGCCCCACGUAGAGGAAGCCUGGGUGAGGGUUUAG